AUUUCCCUUAACACUUAAAAACCCGCCCAGCGCUGCCCUCUUACUGCCCUCUGGUAUUCUUUCUGCUUCUGUGGGAACAAAAUGUGUGAAAACGCUUCCGUAUUUUCUACAAUUUUGUCCAGCAUCGACAGCAAACCACUUGCCAUGUGGGAUAAAAAGGUGCUGGACGAUCAAAACAUUCACCGGCGGUUUCGAGUGAGUAACUAUCAGAGCACAACCAAAGUGAACCCCUUUGUCUGCACCAUGCCCAUGAGGCUCGACGAUGGCUGGAACCAGAUUCAGUUCAACCUGUCAGAGCUCACCAGGAGGUCCUAUGGAACAAAUUACACAGAGAUGCUGCAUGUACAUGUUAGUGCACAGAUGAGGAACUUGCUGUCUCUGGGUGCUGCUUGGACUGGUGUGACUCUAAGAUCUCUAUAGUAAGAAUUUUAAAAUAUUCCUUUUUCUCUUUUUACCGUCUGCCCCCCCCAGAGUCAUGCUAACUGUCGGAUAUGGCGGUUGUAGUUCUCAGACAGGUUCUACUCUGAGGAUAGAUAGAUAGAUUCAACUUCAUUGUCAUUGCACAUCUCUCAAGUACAGGCAAUGAAAUGCAGUUUGCAUCCAUCCGGAAGUGCUUUAGCAAAACUAAGUAUAGCUAUAAUGCGUACACGGUAUACAACACUGUUGUGAAUGCGCCAUGACUACAAGCUGAGCUCCCAGCAGAGUUUAAACUGCCUGUCCAGAACCAGAAGCCCAAGGUGACUAUGCCCCUCUACAUGCAUGAACACUCAAACAGCAUUACAGUCACAAGGUUAUCGUGGAAGCUUUCAAUCUCUAAAAAUGUUGUGUAGAAGAAUAACACUAACACUUGUCCAUUUAUUUCUUGCAGCAGUAGAGCUUCAACAGUGGUAUAAUAAGUAUAAUCGUUAUCCUUGUGGGUUUUUUUUUUUUUUUUAA